UGCGCUCUGUGGACCAAUCACAGCGCUCCUGACUCUCACCGAGAACAACAGUUCGGUGGGUGAUGGCGCCUAGCUCGAAAUCCGAAAAGGACGACAGCAAACAGAAAGCUCAAAGAAAACACAAAGACCAUGUCGUGAAGCUUCUCAUGCGUGGGAAGCUGUCAGGACAGUUCUCCCAGCGCCUGUUCAGGAAGCUGCCCCCACGAGUGUGUGUCCCACUGAAGAACAUCGUCAGUGAGGAGUUCCUGAGAGCAGGACAUAUCUUUCUGGGCUUCACCAAAUGUGGCCGCUACGUGCUGUCCUACACCAGUGACUGUGGAGAGGAUGAUGACUUCUCCUUCUAUACCUACCAUCUCUACUGGUGGGAGUUCAACUUGCACAGUCGACUCAAACAGGUGCAUCAUGUGCGUCUGUUUGCUGGAGAGGAGAUCUACAGUGAUCUGUACCUGACUGUGUGUGAGUGGCCAAAUGACCACUCAAAAAUAGUCAUCUUUGGCUUCAACACUCGCAGUUCAAGCUCCGUUCUGAUGAACCUAAUGAUGAGUGAUGAGAACAACAGAGACAUCUACAUCACCAUCGCCUCCAUGCCUCCUCCUAAACCUUGUUCUCGCUGCUGCCCUGUUCCUUCAGCCACUACCAUACGCACAGGAAGUGGCGAGUGUCUGGAGCAUGGCUAUGUGCUCAAUAGCAGGUACCAGGUGGUGUAUCCAUUUCCGACUUUCCAGCCAGCGUUCCAGCUAAAGAAGGAUCAGGUCAUCCUGUUGAACACGAGCUACUCCCUGGUCGCCUGUGGCAUCUCACUCUGCCCAGGUAAACAGGGUCAGUCAUCGCAGAUCCUCUACUCAAAGAAGACAGCUCCGUCAAAUCAAGCCUGCACAUCUGUUUCCUCCACCUCCUCGGUCUCUUCUUCUUCUUCAUCUUCUUCUACUUCUUCUUCUUCUUCUGCUUCUUCGUUUGCUUCUUCUUCUGCUUCUUCUUCUUCCUCUUCUUCUUCUUCUUCUUCUUCUUCUUCUUCUUCACUACCUCAAGGAUCUCCCGAAAGCCGACCCCCACCUAGCAGACCUGCUCCAGUUCUUUCAUCUCCAAGCCAGUCACAGGCAGCUGUGCGAGCGCGGGAGUUUGCUGCUGACCUCUUCCGGCGGGCUCAGGGAGGAGGAGGAGGAGGAGGAGGGGGAGGGAAAGAAAAUGAAGGCCAGCCAGAAAGGAAAACGUCUGAUGGUUGUGAAAAAGAUGCUGUACAGAUGCCAGGAGAUGAAAGUGUAAAUGUUCACCAGAGGAGGAGAGAGGAGGAAGACUGUAAAGAGAGCUGUAAAGAGAGCAGGGAGGCAGAGAGAAGGACUAGUUUACCAGAAGCACCAACAUCUGAUAGGAGCCUGCCUACAGAACACGUGAUGUCUCCUGCCUCCUCCUCUUCAUCACCCUCAUCCCCACCGACCCCGUCCUCGUCCCAAGAGGCUGGACCCAGUGAACCCAGCCCCAGUGAGCCCGGUUAUGUCAACUAUUCACAGCUGCACUACCAUCUACAACAGCCAGGGGCAGCUGAGCAGAGUACAGGAGGUUAUGAAGACGAUAAAGUUCAGCUACCCUUCACAGUCACUGACUUGAAAGGACGAAACCUUCAGCUGAUGACUGAGUCUCACAACGGACAGAGCGUGUGUGUGGAGCAGUUGACCCUAGACUUUGAGUAUCUCAUCAACGAGGUGAUCAGGAGCGAUGCCGCGUGGGCCCCUCAGUUCUGCUCCUUCAGUGAUUAUGAUGUUGUGAUAUUGGAGGUGUGUCCUGAAACCAACACUGUGAUGAUUAACAUCGGUCUGCUGUUACUGGCCUUCUCCAACUCAGACGAGGAGCACUGCAGGCCAAACACCUACCACUCCAACCUGCAGGUCAGCUGGGACCUGAACACUGGAGUGUGUCGCACCGUGGGUGUUGGUGACCUAACAGAGGUCAAGGGUCAAACCAGUGGAAGUGUUUGGAGCUCUUACAGGAAGUCAUGUGUGAACACCGUGAUGAAGUGGUUGGUUCCUGAGUGCAGCUCCCGCUACAUUAAUCGCAUGACCAACGAAGCUCUUCACAAAGGCUCGUCCCUGCAAGUGUUGGCCGACAGUGACCGCUGCACCUGGAUCGUCUUAUGAAGAAAGAAGAGGAUCCACCGCCAACAGGAUCCAGCACCAGUAUGAUGCUCAGCUUUAAUUCGAGCAUAGCGGCACGCAUUAGAGGGAUCUGAUACGUAGUUUAAAAAAUGUGGCAAAUUGAAACUGAACAAAGAAUGCUCUAAAAUAAAUACUGUAAAGACAUUUUUAGUUGAUAUGUGUUAACUUUUACAAGUUUCAUUUUUUUUUUUGUUGUUCCACCAAAACCAAGCGCUGGACUGAAGAUCUAGUUUCGACUUUUUGUUGUUUUUCAUACUUCAAGGUGAACCGUUAUGGUUGUGUGUGUGUUACUUGUGCUUGUGUCCAUUUCUGAGAAUAUGCAAUAUCUGCACCUGUGUGAUGUUCACAGGUAUUUCAUCCAGAGAAUACGAGUGUGUGUGGGUGUGUGUGAGUGUGUGUGUGAAUGAGUGUGUGCGUGUUUUAUGUGAUUGAACAGACUCUGCUGCUUUGAACAGGUCUUUUCCUCACCUGCUCUGGACCACUUUUGUCUAGCUGUGUACAUUCAUAAUGCUGCAGUAUUUAAAGUGAACAUGUUGACAUGUUUUCUUGAACAUUCGUCAGUGAAGUCGAGGGUUUGUUUGGGUCACCUGUACAGCUGGAUGGUAAGACGCUCUAUGUUAAUUGGCAUUUCAGCAAGACUUUGUUCUCUUGGAAUAUUUUGUUAAAAUAAAACGUUCAAAUAUUA